AAAAUUAAUCUUAGUGAAAUUAUUACUAUUUGUGAGAUGUGGCAGCAGACGUGGAAUACGCCUUACCGGAAAGAUGACGUGGAAGCCGGAGCAAGGCCGUUGUAUCCGGCGAUGUUGGAGAAUCCACAACUCCGUUGGGGUUUUAUUAGGAAAGUUUACUCAAUUUUGUGUUUUCAGUUGCUCAUGACUAUUGGUGUUGCCGCUGUGGUUGUUAGGGUUCACCCAAUUGCACAUUUUUUUGUGUCAACUGGGGCAGGAUUAGCUCUCUAUAUUCUUCUUAUCAUCUCUCCCUUCAUCACAUUGUGCCCCUUGUAUUACUAUCACCAGAAACAUCCGGUCAAUUUCUUGCUUCUUGGGUUGUUUACAGUUACUCUGGCCUUUGCUGUGGGAUUGACUUGUGCCUUCACCAGUGGGAAAGUAAUAUUGGAGUCCGUCAUAUUAACAACAGCAGUUGUGCUUAGUUUGACAGUAUACACAUUUUGGGCAGCAAGGAGAGGCCACGAUUUCAAUUUCCUUGGACCAUUCUUAUUUGGUGCCCUUAUGGUUCUCAUGUUGUUUGCCUUUAUUCAGCUACUGUUUCCUCUGGGUAGGCUCUCUCUGAUGAUCUAUGGCUGUUUAGCCUCCAUUUUGUUCUGCGCAUAUAUAAUUUAUGAUACCGACAAUUUAAUCAAGCGCUACACUUAUGAUGAAUACAUCUGGGCUGCAGUUGCCUUGUAUCUGGACGUUAUCAAUCUCUUCCUAUCUAUAUUGACUAUUUUUAGAGCUUCUGAAUAGUUCAGUUGAGAAACAACUCUCUAAAAAAAUAAAAAUGUUACUAAUUGUAUGUAUGUGACUUGAAAAGAAUAUUGUUCAUCUAUCAAGUUAAUAUUAUUU